AUGAUGUCGAGUGGCGAGUGGAAGAGAUUCAAGGUCGAUGAUUUUGUUGUUGUCAAUCUGUUGUUGGAUCUAGGAUCUGUCGUUGUCAUCCCCGAUCCGACACUGCAAACCUCAACCUUCCAACGACGAUCUGCCUGUCAGACUUCGUAUCCCUCCGAAAUCAGAGGCAUGAAGGACAGGUUCAUGUCUGCACAGAUCGAGACCCGUCGGCCGAUAAGAGCCUGUGAUCUGAGACCGACGGGCGAUCCAUCGAAACUCGAGGUCCGACCAUCUGACCCCGAAUCUCUCGUAAGUCCUAUCGUCCAUAUAUCCAUGGACGCAGCAGCGGUACUCGAUCAAUACGAUGUUCGAAGCGGGGCACUCGAGCUCGACGAGACGUGCCUGAACAAGAACGUUUCGGAUUCGCUGUGCUCAUCGACUGUCGAUGAUGAUCCCUCCCAUUGUAUUGAACACGUGGCCCCUUCAAAAGACCUCAAUCUUGAGAACCUGCCGUACAGGAUCUUGACAUGGACAGUAGAGCCCACUUUGGGUGACGGUGUGUGUUUCUUUUUGCGAUACCGCAAGCGCAGAGCGAUGACCGGAUUGGCCGUAAUUGGUUUCUGCCGUAAUGUAUCACUUUGUCGUCCUACACUAUUCAUUACCAUCUGGAUGGGGGAAAUCUCCGGGUUCAAGAUUGAUAGGGACGGCCCUCUGACAGGCCUCCUGGUUGAGACUGUGACUGGUAAAGAGGAGGACGUCAUCAAAGUAAUCGGGAAGAAGCGGUCGGAGCACGACCCUAGAACCCGUUACACAUCGAACCAGUAUAAAGCGAGUUUGCUAGCUCAAGCCUACAACCCUAAAACCGGUCCCCAACUGGUGGGUGAUUCUGCGUCCGGGCCAUCACAAACUUUCCUAGACAUGAUUGGCCAGUUCAAGGAUAUUCCCAAGGAACCCCAGAGCCUUGUCAAGUACGGUCUUCCCGACCACCUGGAUGAACUCCCCCGCUUCGUUCCCAGCGUAGCCCUCCACGUUCUCCAACAUUUGGGGCCCGACAGAGACGGCAAGGUCAAGCGUCUCCCAAUGCGAGGAAAGGGUACUGCAAUCAUGGACAUACAAUUGCCGGGACGAUGGAACCACUAA